GGAGGGGGAAGGGGGCGUUGCCGCGGCGCCGAGCUGUGAGGAGGGAGGUGGGUGGCGGCGCGGGUGAGUGAGGACGGGCUGGGGGAGGCAGAGCGGGCGGGUAGGUGCCGUUAUGGCCCCGGCUGCAGGCAGCCGCUGCGCUACCGGCAGGAGAAGCGUGGCCCCGGGCCAGCGGGGACCGAGCACGGGGCUGCCCUGCGCGUUGCCCGCCCUCUCUCCCUGCCCCCCUUCGGGCGGUGCCCCGGGGCCCCGCCCCUCACUGCCGCGCAGCCAAUGAGCGCCAGGAGGUUUUUGGCGGGGGCGGGCGGUGAGGGCGGGGCCCCCCCGCCAUUUUCUCACCUCAGCCCUCCUGGGGGGGGGUGUGUGUGAGGUAGCGGGCCUAUAGCAGGCUAGAGCUCGUCGUGUCGGUCUCCUGUGCGGUGCCGCCUCAGCCUGGCCCCUCGCCUGGAGGGGCGAGGACGAGUCUCCUACGACCGCCAAGUCCCGUCUCUCGUUAAGACGAAGAGAUGCUAAGCCCGCGCUCCUGUGUUUAGGCUAACGUCAGGACAAGCUGUUCUUUAAAGAUGGAAGUUACUAUGAGGGCAAGCUUGUCAGUGGAGAAAUUAUGGGGAAUGGAUUUCAAUACUGGGCAUCAACAGGGAACACUUAUUCCGGUCAGUUUAUGUUUGGAAAGCUCCAGGGACACAAAGUCUUGUAAUAUAAACAUGGUGGGAAAUACGAAGGAGAGCUCUUCUAUGGAAUGAGAGAAGGAAUAAGGAUAAUUAUGAAGGAGCCUGGAUUCUAGACAAGUGUCAAGGUCAUGAAAUAUUGCCUUGUGCUGUUUAUCAGGUAUAUGAAGAAGACUUAUGAGAAACUGUACUGAUUUGUUCAGAAAAGCUGAAAGGAUCAUGGUAGAGGAUGCUUCAGGCAGAUAAAUAGAAAUGGGGCAGUGGAGAAAUGACGUAUUCGAUGAACGGGGUGCUAUAGUUAAUUGUUCUGGUGACAUCUGUGAUGGACUGUGGAUCAAUGGCUACCCUGCUGCAAUUCUGGAUUUGCACUGGCUGAUUUACCAGUCCCUAAGGGAGAUAGAGCCAGAAUCUGGAUCUGACACCCUAUGUGGAGCAGGAGAUGCUUCGAGCAGCCAGCAUGAAUGCUUUAAUAUGGAUGAGAGUCAUUCUCACGAGAAAAAUCUUUGGUUAACUGAAGUUACUAUGCGGAGAAAGAAGAAAGGAGGCAAAAAGCCAAGUGGCAGGAUAUCUGCUGAGAAAGCUGAGAAGAUGACAGUCUCGCAGGAGAAAAUGGAAGACAGCAGAUCUCACAUGACAUCCAAAGAAUACAAGUUACAAAAGGAUCAGCACUUCACAAAGAAUUCUGAGACAUUACAAGGCCACUAUGUGCUUAAGGUCCAUGAAGUGACCAUGCCCCCAUUCUUGGGCCAGACUCUCCCACCUGCCUUCAAACUCUUGAAUUUUUCCAGAGAAAAUCAAAACCAAGAAACAAAGAGUCUUUCAAAGUCACCGGCAAGUAAAAAGGAUCAAACCCCACAGCCAGGGCUCUUAUCCAAGGCACACUGAAGUCAAUGGAAUUUUUCCCAUUGAAUGCAGUGGAAGUUGGAUUCAGUCUUUGCAUCCCAGUCACCCUUGUAAGGUUUUUCAUGCAGGAAUGGGGCUUCAGUUUUGAAAAUUGUAGUCUUCUAAUAACCAAGAAAAUAAUUGACUUGGAGAUCCAUGUCGUGGUCAUCUUCUUCCUAUUAACAUUUUAAAAGAAAAAAAGAGAUAUUCUCUGUAGAGAGUUGAGAUACAGAUUAAAAUUUUUUAUCAGUUCUGUUUUUCGGUAUAUGUUUGGGGGUCUGUUUGUUUUGAAGAAUUUUGAUCAAAUAAUAUAGUAAAUUAAUUUUUGUGACAAUUGUAAUUGCAUGUCUAAUAACAUGUUGAGAUUGUUUCAUGCAAGCCUAGUUCACGAAUUACCUCUGUCGCAUGAGGACAGCCAAGUAACAUUCCUCAAACUGAUAGAGAAUCUACCACCUUCAAACAACCAGUUUUCAAAAUAAUUAUUUAUCAACUUUAAAUCUUACUGGGUUUUGUACAAAUUUACCUAAUGAUUGCAAGCAACAGAGAACAUUUUCAUUAGGAAAACUAUGCUGAUGCACUUAGCUGCUCAUGUACAUUAAUGUCCAUGUAUUCACUGUAUGAAGAAAUUUUCACUUGAAUAAGGUAGGAGUCCUCUAAAAGCCUCCCAAUUAAGUCCAGUGCCUUUGUGUGUGGAUCAGAGGUUGACAUCCGUAAAGGGGAGCGCUAGAGUUAAUUCACAUCACUGAAUCAAAAUCCAUAGCUAGACCUUAUCUUCGAUGUCCGUUGUUGAAGCGAAUAGAAAAAUUCAAAGUAAAAACAGAUAAAGCACCUUAAAUCUAACUCAAAGUUCUCCCUCAAGAGCCUCUUAGGGUAGAAAUCAGCUUUAGAAAUGCAGAUAUGGCAUAGCAAGGCAUGCCCAUGGCAUUCCGUAACUUGUAGUAUCUUGACUUUUUUACCUUCAGAAUACAUCUGAUUCAUCAUCAUCACUUUUGCUCCUGCUUUGGAGAUGUAAGAAAAUGUGAAAGAAAUAAUAAAUUUCAAUGCACUCAUUUUGUUUGAAUAGUAUUAGCAGUUGCAAAUAACAGCUGUAUUUGGCACUUUGCCUCAGUCUUCAUUCAAGAAUCUCAGACCUUCUAUUCCUUGAAGUUAUGGCCAAAAUUUCACACCAAGAUCCACUAGUUCACUAUGAAGUCCCAGGUUUGAUGCAGCUGCAUUAUACAUGACUCAGUUAAUCACAGUGGCUUUUUUGGGCCUUACUCUAAUGAACUGAAUGAAGGAUAAAUGAGAUCAGUUGAAUUACCUAGCAUUUUACCACCUGCUUGGUGCGUACUUGGGUGAUUACUGUGACUCAGCUGUGACGAUAACCAGUAAGUUCUUGAGAACCCAAUGAUAACUUAUAUCUCUGAAGUUGUUGAGCCUUCAAUUUCCCUGUAAGGAUGGUUUUGUAGUUCUACAGGUGGAGAAACAGAAACUUGGUUAAAUGCAAGGGAUCACAGACCUUGGCAGUAGAACCCAGAAAUCUUGACUUUUGUAGUCCUCUGCAAUGCAACUGAAUGAUAGUUCUGUUAUUUUACAUCUCACUUUCAUGAGAUCUUCAUUUAUUCUGAGCAUUAUCGCAUGCCUUUUUUUAACUAUAAGAAAAAGCCCCUCGCUAUGAAAGAAGUGAUUUAUCUGCAAGUAUUGUAAAUGUAUGAGCUCCUUAGUAUCAUAGGUGUCUUGCUGCUUUGUCCCCAAGUAAAUAUACACCUGCCAACUUUAUUAUUAGCCAGAACUAAGAUGUAUUGUGUCCUUUAUCAAAUACAUGAUCAACUGCUAUGUAUUGACCAAAAGAUACAUCAAACCCUGUAAUCAAAAAGGCUUCAUCCUUCUUCGAUCUUUCCAGAUUUUCUCUCUUCAUUUGCCCUCUGAAAUACGCUUUUUAAUGAGCAGAAAGCCUGGAGUACGAAGUCUUUGUACCAGUGGACCUUGUUAACCGGCCAUUUGUGAAUUCUUUUUAGAGUCCAGAAUAAUGAGCUACAUUUCCUAUUGAUGUAAUGGCAGCUUUCACUAUGAAGAACCAGUCUUGUGCUUUCAGUUCACUUAAUCAAGUUUUAACAGUAGGCGUUUUCUAGGUUAGCUAAUUUUGAACAACUACAUACUCUAACAUCGUGUCUCUUGGGACAAUAAGAACUACACAAACUGUGUCUCUUAGAAAAGCCGGAUUUUCUUUGUCUCAGGCUAUCCGUUUAGCAGUCUAAUUUUCAGAUAUGUUAUUUAACUCAGCUAGAUCACUGUCCCUUUCCUUGCUACCAUGCAGACACCAGCUCAGAAAAACAAAGAGAAUAGAAAUUCCUGAUAAUUCUUUCCCCAGUGACAUUUGUUGCAUCAUGUGUUAGGAUUAGGGAGACUGUAUAUAAGGGCCAAGAUCUCAAAAUGUAACAAUAAAUGAGACGUUUUGAUAUUUUGUAGUAUUUCCAUGUGGGUUUCCUCCUUGUGGAAACUGCAUGCUGCUAUGUGUUAAGUUUGAACACUUAGUUUGAGGGUGUAGGGGGAGUAACAAUAAGUUCUGCAAGAUGAGAAUAUUUAGUGGCUUGGCCUUUCAUGUACUAAUUUACUAUAUGGUACUCUGUAAAACGCCUUUCUUUGAAAAUUGCUAACAUGCAGACAGUUUUAGUGAUAAGAUUUUGAUUUUGUUUUCAUUUAAAGCUUAGGCACUUUGCUUAGAGUAAUGUCCCAAGAGAGUCCCUGGUGUGAAGCAAUUGCUAGCUGUUAGUCCUAUAUCACGACAAAUUUUUAAAUUUAGAUUUCUGAAUCUCCUGCUGACUAGCAUCUUUCUUGAGACUGACAGUACUUACAAGUAGCCAGUCUCUCCUUAGCGUGGUAGAUGUGCAGAAUGGAUCAUUAUCACACAGUAUACUUUAAGGCUCAGUAUGAAACACGAGAAAGACCUCAAUAUUGCUAGUGAAGAUACGUAGGAGACACAGCUACAUCACAUUUUAAUAUGUCCUUUAGAGCAUUGUAGUGCAAACAGUCAAUGUGUCUCAGCAUCAAUAUACAAUAUUUUAUAUACAACUAAGUAUUGUUUUUAUUCUUCCUCCUUUGUUUAGUUUGUCAUAAUUGAAUGCAAAGUUGGGGCUGAGGGAGGUUAUACAACAAAUAAUCUGUGAUCUUUAAAAAAUGAAUGACCUUCCUAUUUUAUAGUGAUUUUAUAGGAUUACAGAAUGUGCAAUCGAAGCCAAAGCCUCCUUUUGUGUACACGCCCCAGUGAUGGCAAAGUAACAGACCACAACUAGUGAGAGAAUCGUUUAUUCUAAUCUUGUAAAACACUCAUGGGCUGUGGUGCUCCAGAAAUCAUAGGUUGUGUUAGCUGCAUUUUUAUACCUUUAAAGAAAGUUUAUUACAUUGUCAACUGUAUUUGUUAUCAAUUCUCCGGAAAACGAUUGCUGUGUGAAUGGUACUGCAGGCUUAUAGUUUAUUAAAAUGUACUGGGCCAAAUCCUGAUGUCAAUGAAAUCUGUUAAAUUCCUCCCAGAUAUAUUUUUUAAAUACAUAAUGUAAAACAGCUGCUUUCUAAAUAAUCUGUUUCUCAUGUCAGUAAUUAUAUUUGUAUAGAUGUAGGUGAAAUCUUAAAUAUGCAGUCCUCAAGGAGCUAGCAUAUUUUUAGAGACAACUUAAAUGACCUUUCAUCUCAUUGUUUUUGCUUUUUGUUCAUGUUGUCUACUUAGUUCCCCACUUGGAAUUCUGUAUUUCUAUAUGUGAUUAUGCUACUUAAAAGGGGAUCUUCAUUAUUAAUUUGAGUCUCUGAAUGCUACAGUAUUACAAACAGUGACUGGUUUACUGUUUCUAACUUUUACUGGUUUUUACCAACAUAAAUUGUACUCUUAAUGUGAAGAAUGCUCUUCGGUGUACUUGAAUAUAACUCUUUUCCCAUUCUAUCCCACAAACACUCCUCACAGAUGGCUUUUCAAAGAUUUUGAAGAGAAUUGGUAAUUUCAGUGUGCACGCUUUGAACAGAUACUUAUUGUGAUAAUUUUUUAAAAAAUUACCUGUAUGUUCUAAACUGAUCAAAUAUUGAAGUAGGCAUAAGGAAUUAUGGUUUCAGAAUGCACAUGCUUCCUCAGUUGUGUAAACUGAUAGAAUUUUACUGAAGUCAAUGGCAUUGUAUGAAAUCUUUUAUAUUUGGAGCGAGGAUUUGUCUCUUUACUCACAUGUAAUAAGUUACUAGUAUAUGAUAUUUAGUGGAACUACAGUAGUUUACAUCUGCUGAGGAUCUGACCUACCUAUUUUAAAUUCACGCAACAUCCAUGUCCUUUAAGUCAGAAAUGCUUUUUCAACUUCAGAUGAAAAAACUGAAGCAGGGAAAGAUUAAUAAUUUUUUUGAUGGAUAAAAACAUAAAAAUGGUAAAGCUGAAACAGAUACCUAUAAAGGUGCUUUUUUUUAAACCAUUUUCCACUUCUAUUCCUAGAACUUUUAAUUUCUUUUUCUUCUAUCUUUAUCUUUUUUGAUAGUUUUUUUUCAGUAGAGUUGAAAUUGGCUCCAUUUUUGUUCUUAGCACAAAGAUUGUUCUGUUAAGCAAACAGAAAGGCAAGGAAUUAUGGCACAGUACUGGAAGUUACCCAAGCUAAUCCAUACCAGAUAGCGGAUAUUUUUUCAAUUCCAGCAAAACUAGUACCAGUUAGUUGAUAGAAAUACUCUGUGGGAGAUGCAAUAAUCUGUGUUUAAUCUUAAAGUAAAUCAGUAACUAGCUGUAUGUGUGUACUUCAUGGCAUUGCAGUUUGGUUGGUCUGUCUGCUAUUUUAAAAUACUGUUUAGAGAAAUCAGUCACAUGUAGGGUAGCAUUGCUUUGUAGUCUAUAAUUUUUAGUGGUAAUUGUAUAGAUUUGCAACAGAAGAAGAACGAGAGAUUCUAGCAGGAAAUUGUGUUGAAGAUGACCUUGAAUUUGAAGUCUUUCUGCAUUUUUAUAAGUAUUUUCCCCAUCAUCAUGUGGCUCAGGAGUGGAGAAGAAAAAUGAAGGUAAUAAGAAAGAAAGAGUUCUCUCUGUUUUCUUGUGUACAUAUGUUGUAAUGAAGGUGAACCCAGAAAGUUGUUUAAUGUUUUCCUGGCCUCUUCCAGAUGUUGAUCUUUACUCUUUCAAACCAAACUUUUCUGGAGGAAUGUCCUUAUUUUAUUACAGAUAUAUACAAUUUACCCCCUAGCUAUCAAGGCGACCAAUUCUAAUAUGUUUAGAAUUCCAGUUGCUUGGAUCCCAUCUGAUUCUUCAGUCUUUGAAAAGGCCAGCAGGUAACAUUGUUCAGGUUUUUUACAAGAUUUUGAUUUAAGGUUUUCUUAGUAGUGUAAUGAAAUACAGUUAUUUUUCUUCCAUAAUAGAAAUGUAUUCUGUAGCCAGUUUCUCCCUAAUUGUAGAUCCCAGCAGGGACAUAUGGAACAGAUGACACAGUUUGGCUUGCAUGAUAAAUUGUGGCUAGGAGUAUGAAAAUACCUAAAUAAGAGACCUCAUUUGAUCAGCAAUCACCUAGUUUCAAAAGUAGUCUGUUAGGCUAUAAAUGGAUUUACAAUGGCCCAGUGUGGGGGCUGAUUGGGAGAUGAUUCCGUCUGUAGCUCUGCAGUCAAUGACUGGAAAUCUCAAAGGAGUUAGUUUGGAAAGUAGAAGGAGUUUAAGAGUGUGCAGAUACCUGUCUUUCCUGGCCAUAUGGGUAAGACCCAGUGGCAACCCUAGAUAGCACUUCAAGCCAUCAGGUCAGAGGAGAUACAAUCAACUAAUACAUCUGUCAUGGAAGAAGGGAAAAUGAAUAACUUAUUCUGAAAAUCUUGAUCAAGAUAGGAGUCAGACAGCAGUUAAUUCAGGAAAUUAAGCCAAUGAAAAUCGAAAUCCAUACAGAAAUGGUUUACAAGACAAUAGGCCAUUUUUUUUUUCCUGUGGCAAAAUUUUUCAUUUGGUGAUUUCCACAGUAUUUCAAUAAAACUUUUUGCCUCUUUCCUCCCCUUGGCAACUAUAGGCUACUGAGAAUGUGACGCCAUUGAGCAGCUUAUCUGCUACUUGGACACUUUUUUUAAGGAUAAAGUCUUAAUUUAAAUGUUUCUGGAGAGACAUUCCCUUAAUAUUGCAUCAGAGGUCUUCUGCAUGUUGUUAACAUACGGUCUCAGAAGCAAUACUCUUUUUUGACCAAGAAAAACUUAGGACCAGAAGAACCCCAGCUCCUUUCAUUACAAUGCCAGAGCCAGAGGGAAGAGCAUACAAGCCAAGAAAUGACAACAUCUUUUCUAUGAAGCUAUUUUUUCUCUGAAUGUCCACGCAUCUUCCUUGUAGUCUUUGGACCUGACAGUCAUUUCAGAAGAAAAUAUUGUUUUAUCAAUGAGCUUCAUGAUGGUAGUAAAAUCUGUAAAGGAGAGCGUAACUCUUCCUCAGUUUUCUUUAGUCCUGCAGAAUUUAUUGAAUACUGAGAGUCCUAUAGUAGUAUCUAGAAGACAGAUUUCCAUAUAUGACAAGAUGGUUGUUGAUUUGAGAAUCUUACAUUUCAGCAGGAUGAUGUAUUAAACAAUGAUAUAGUCCACAAUUUUUGAAGUAACUUCACAGCAUCUCUGUACCCAAUCACAAUGUGCGUAUAAUCCAGAAAGAUAAUAGGAAGCAUAGACAUUAUAAUUGCCUCUUUAUCCCUCUAAGGUACACAGGAUUGGAAGAGAUUUUUGAAGAGUUGGAGUGAAACCAUUAGCUAAGAAGUGCAGGUGCACUGCACCUGCAGAAUAAGGUUUUGUACAAUGCCAUUGAAUUAGAACAUAGAUAAUAUAAUUAUUGCUUAAGGCUCAAGAACCAGUAUAUUAACUCUGGUAAUUUUUCGCUUUAUAGACAUAAAUAAGUUAGGAUGUUCUGUUUUGGUGGGACCUGGAUGCUGAAGUCCUCCAUGGGCACUAUUGAAUGAAUGAAUCUGGGCACUCAUACAUGUGGGAGAUGUGGUAUCUUAAUCCAUUCUGGUGCUUGUAGAAACUGUCAGGCUCAAACUGAUUUUUUUUUUAAUGUAAUCCCAAUGAUUUCAGUGGAAUAACAGAAAAUAUAAAUCAGGAGGAGUGAAUAGGUCGUACUGAUUGAAUGGUACUAGCUGAAAGCAGCGUAGCUGUUUUUUGUUGUUCUAUCAGGCACCCAUUCAUGAAGCAUAGAAUCUUUCAAUUGAAACUGAGAUUGUUCAUCCUUAAAUUUCUUAUGGGCUGUAAAAGACGGUGUUAGCGUGCUACUGUUCUCCUACAAUAGCCUAAACCAUGUUCAUCAAUUUACAUGUAUAGGGAUGUUUUAGCAUACCAUUUCAAUUAUAGCCAGCCACCACAGAGGUAAGAAGCAAGAGGGAAGCAAAGGUACGAGUGGAGCAGGACAAAGGGGAGUUACCAGUGGACAGACACGUUUCUCUGUCGCAGUUUUAUUAUCAAAGAGGAGUUUGCAAAAUAUUUGGAUGCCGAAUCUGCCAAGACACUUAGUGGCAGGAUUGUCUUGUUUUAUUCUUCCAGCUUUGGUUGCAGCCAACAGAAGGACUGUAAAAACUGGGGCAAAGUCUGGAAUGAUAUUUCUGAUUGUGUUGAUUUUGCUGCAAGGACAUACUCAACCCCAGAACAGUUUCUGUCUCACCCACAUCACAAGGCAAAUCCCUGAUGAGGAAACUGUCACUGUCUUUUGGCUGUUUGAUUGAAUAGAAUUUUUUAUCCAUAGAGUCUUGUGAAUGUUUUCUGAAUUUCAAGUACUGACCUAAAUAAUAACUUAUUCGGAAGUCUUGAAGAAGGUAAGGAAAUACAGUGAAUUUGUUGACUUUUGAUCUGUUUUAUUCUAGGUGGGGAAAAAAUACCAAAGUUCUAUCUUGUUCACCAAAUUCUGACAUCCAGAACUACAUAAUACUAUGAACCUGAAUGUCAAAUAUUUAGAGACAUCUCAGAUUAGAAGAGCAGAAUUCUAAAAAAACUUAAGGUUAAAACAACCUAGUAGAAGAAAUUAGAAAAAUAGCUGAAGAUGAAUGUCCAACACUGCAGCUGAUUAUAUUGGCAUAGUUCAGCUGACUUUAGUAGAGAUGAGGCUAUAGUACAAAAGUUUCAAAACACAAAUUUCUCUUAUUUAUUGGGCUUCCUAGUACAGAUAACCUUGUUAAUUCAAAUUUUAAAAUUAUAUAGAAGAUUGGAAUGCUUGGCUUGCCCAGUGGAAACCACCAUCCUUUCUUUUCUAGUCAUUUUCUGCUUCUCUGAAGAAAAUAAAAAUAAAAGACAAAUGUGUAACAGAGAAAAGCAAUAAAUAAUGUUCCAUAAUGAUCAAUGAUGAGGAAUAUGUGCUUGGAAACUGGGAAACAAAUUGUUCCGGAAGCAUGAUUUGACACUCGUUAGUGCUUUUCUAUAAGGCAAUGCUUUUUGUCUCAGUGGUAGCACACGGGUGCUGUGGUUGCCAUGGUAAGGUACAUGUUUUGUUAUGAAUGCUAUAAAUAGUCACAUCAUUGGCCAAAAGCAUAAGUGAAGAUCCUGCUCUGGUCGUGUUUAUUGUGAGUUUUGAUCAUGGUCACAAAGGCUAAUGUGAUGAUUUACAUGGUAAAUUAAAUGGGCAUAAAGACAA